UCCGGUGGAAUCUUAGCAGCUGGGACUUGACCAGUCCCGCGUAGGUAUGUCGGGGGUGGAAACUGGUCUUGUGGAGGAGGGCGUGGGUGUCAGUCUGUUUGAAAUAAACCUUUAUGUCCAGAUUGUGAGUGGAGGGGAAGUCUGGACCUUUGUAUGUGGUGGUGUCCAAGAAAUCCACCGACAUGGGGCUGGUGGUGGACUUGAUAGUGAUACUGGGGUUGUGAGUAUUGAGGGUGUGGCGGAACACCUCAAACUCCUCUACGGAGUGGGCCCAUACCCCCCAGAUAUCAUCGAGGUACCGUAAGUAAUGCAGGGGCUUGAUCGGGCACGCUGCGAGGGCGGAGGUCUCCCAUUCCGCCAUAAAAAUAUUGGCGUAUGCCGGGGCAAAUUUCUUCCCCAUGGCUGUCCCUUUAAUCUGGAGGAAGAACUUCCCAUUAAAUUCGAAGUCGUUCCUCCUUAAAUUUAUGUCGAGCAGCUGCAGGAGUUCUUUGUCCGGCCUGCUAAUGUCUCGAUAUUUGCCAAAUAUAUUUUUUACGGCUUGGAUGCCCUGUUCAAUGUCUAUGUUUGUGUAUAAACUGUCUAUAUCAAUUGUGAACAGAAUGGCCUCUUGGGGAAUGGUAAGAUUUUUAAUUUUUUCUAUAAAAUCAUAUGUGUCUUUCAAAUAACUAUUGUGUUUGAUGGAAAGUGGCGUUAAAUAAAAAUCAAUAAAUUCUGCCGUCCUGUAGGUUUCGCUCCCACAGUCGGAAACUAUGGGCCUGCCCGGGGGUAUGACAUGGGGCUGGCUCCAUUUGUGGGGUUCCUUGUGGAUUUUGGGGAGUAAAUAAAACCUACGAGGACGGGGAUCCGAUUCGCCCAGGAGGUAAGUAAACUGUUUAUGAUUGAUGAAUCUUUUAUUUAAUAAAUUUUUAAUGAUUUUUUCCACCAUAGGGAUUGUGUCAAGAUAAAUGGGUGCGGCCAACGGGGAGUAGUAGGUGGUGUCGUUCAGUUGUCUGGUGCCCUCCCAGACAUACUGAGACCUGUCAAAGAUGACCACAGCGCUUCCUUUGUCUGCCGGUUUGAUAACAAUGUUAUUGUUAUUUUUCAGACUCUGAAGGGCCUCAGUUUCGUCACGCGUGAGGUUGGGCGUAAUGGCGAGGGCGCAACCCGAUAGGAGCGAUGGAUGCUCGUCCGCUAGGACCAGUGUGUGGACCUCUGGAGGUAGCAGACCGGGUGAGGGCUCCCACUCGGACCGGGCGGUGAAAGGUCGCGGACCGAGGGACCCUUGCUUUUCAUAGAACACCGCGAGUUUGACACCCCUGUGGUAUUCUUGUAAGUCAAACUUCAUUUGGUGGUGCCACUCAGGACUAAGGUUGGUGGAUGGGACGAACGUGAGGCCUUUAUUGAGGAGGGAGCGCUGUGAGGAGGUAAGUGUGAAAUGUUUUGCCAAAUUUACAAUGUUUUUGUUUGUGUUUGUGGUGGUGUUGUUUGUGCUUGUGUCACCCCCCCGACAGGUCGGGUUUUUGGGGAUGCCAUGUUUAAAUGGUGAAGCCAGUGCUUCAGCAUGUUUUUGGCCGUUUCCUCGGUCCAGUGAAGGUUGUCCCUCCCCGUAGCAAACUUCUCACUGGUGAGUGCCGGAAUGAAAUUAUAGUUUUUUUGAAUAUAAGUAUUAAUUUUGUGGAGGUUAUCUUUAUGUUCCUGGGGCAGGGCUUCUGAGAAGUUAAUGAUGGGGAUGGAAAUGUCGGCGUUCGGGAACACCGUUUUGGCCACCUUUAGGGCCCUUUGGAUUUGUUUAAAGGAUGGCCUCUGCGUGGCGGAAGUUGGCACCUGGAUAGCUGUCCAUCUGAAGGUCCUGGAGACGGACAGGUGGAAGACGACUAAUAUUGGAGUCGCCAAUCACCAGGACCUUCUUAUCCACAGACAGGUGCCAAUCAACCAACUUGCGCGUUGUACUGAUGUGUCUAGUGGGGCCCCUGCGCGGACUGAUAGGUGUGGCUAAUUGUGUCGUGUCUGUAUCCUCUGUCGGCUGAGAGGCCGAAGCGACCGCUCUAGGCCCCUUCCGGAUUCCCGAAAAAAAUUGGGACCAGCUUGGACCCGCUUCGGGAACCGGCGUGCGUGGAGGAGGAGUGUCCACGAGGGGCACGUCCGGAAGAGGCGCGUCCGGGAGGGGCGCGUCCAGGAGGGAGGAAGUCGGCGAGGAUGGUCCCGGUAGGCCAGAACCUAGUUGAGACCAACUGGGGGGCGUGUCAGGGGGCAGCUGGGACCACCCUGGAGGCCCCUCAGGGGAUGACGCCGGCUGCUCAGGUGGCGGUGGCGCGUCCGAGACCGCAGGAGGGACCCUGACUUCGGUCUCGACCUGCGGAUGCGGCCUGGGUGGCGGGACCAGGGGAGCCUCGACAAUGGAGUUGUCGGGAGGACUGCUGCAUGGCUCCUGGGGUCGUGUCAUUCUCUGGGGCCUGGAUGGUGCCGCAGCCAGAGAAGAAGGCGACAAAACCGGGAAGGGGACCGGGGUGACCGGUCCCCUAGGACCCGGAACCGGCUCCACCACAGGGGACCAGUCCCCGACCACGGGGUCGGUCAUGGUGGACGCCGUGGCUCGCACAGGAGCGUGCAGGGUUGGAACCGGCAGGGGCAGCGGCAGCGGCAGCGGCAGCGGCAGCGGCAGCGGCGGCUGCACUACCUCCAUCACCACUCGGGUGCUGGAAGGAUCCAAGCGGACUGGUGACCCCGUCUGCUGGGAUCGUGACGGACUACCCCCCUCGUCCACGCCACGAACGUCCACACAGAUGGAGAUCACCAGACCCUCAGCCAGCCGCAGUGUCUCGGUGGUCAACCUGCGUCCCAGGUGUGUCCUGGUCCAAGCUGAGGCCACCUGGAAUGGUUCCUUCCAAUUUUGCCCAAUAAAAGCACUCAAUUUGUUGAUUUCCGAUAGCCACGCAGCACCUCCGCGUAGCUCCUGCGAGGCGGUUGUUGACGACGGUCCGCAAAAUGAUAAUCUUCGUCAUCAUAGCGGCCGUAUUGAGGUUGAGGACGAGGGGGCGGGGUACUCGUGGGAAGACCAGGACCUCCGGGGCAUCCCCUACGCCAGAGACGUCCGGAUUCCCAGUACCCAAUUUGGUCAUCCACAGGCGUUCGGCGUGUCGCCGUUGGCCUGCACUCCAUUUGGAGUCGUGCUGGAUGACACAAACCCGGACAGAAGCCCACCCGUGCCGGAGGAAGUGUUGCACCAGGUGGGUGGUGGUGUUCUUCUGUCGAGUAAUGUUGUGUCUAUGUUGGUGGAAACGGGUGGCGAUGGUGUUUCCCGUCUCCCCAACAUACAGGGCGUGGCAACGCUGGCAUCGGAUGACGUAAACGCAGUUUUUUGUGCGUGCGUCCCCCCUGCAUAG